GGAGGCGGUGGGCUGACGGGAGGCCGGGGUGGGAUGCGGUUGACGCGGAAGCGGCUCUGCUCCUUUCUGAUCGCCCUGUACUGCCUCUUCUCCCUCUACGCCGCCUACCACGUCUUCUUCGGGCGCCGCCGCCGGGCGCCGGCCGCGUCCCCGCGGGGCCUCAGGAAGGGGGCGGCCCCGGCGCUGGAGAGGCGCGGCCGAGAACAGUCUGCUUUGGAAAGUGAAGAAUGGAAUCCUUGGGAAGGAGAUGAAAAAAAUGAGCAACAACACAGAUUUAAAACUAGCCUUCAAAUAGUAAAUAAAUCCACGAAAGGAAAAACAGAGCUUAGUGUACAGAUCUGGGGCAAAGCUGCCAUUGGUUUGUAUUUGUGGGAGCAUAUUUUUGAAGGUGUACUUGAUCCCACUGAUGUGACUGCUCAGUGGAGAGAAGGAAAUUCAAUUGUAGGAAGAACACAGUUCAGCUUCAUCACUGGUCCAGCUGUAGUUCCAGGGUACUUCUCCAUUGAUGUAAAUAAUGUGGUACUCAUUUUAAAUGGAAGAGAGAAAACGAAAGUCUUUUAUGCCACCCAGUGGUUACUUUAUGCCCAAAAUUUAGUACAAACUCAAAAACUCCAGCAUCUUGCUGUUGUUUUGCUUGGAAACGAACAUUGUAAUAAUGAAUGGAUAAGCCAGUUCCUCAAAAGAAAUGGAGGCUCUGUUGAGCUGCUUUUCAUAAUAUAUGACAGCCCCUGGAUUAAUGAAGUGGAUGUUUUCCAGUGGCCUUUAGGAGUAGCAACAUACAGGAAUUUUCCUGUCGUGGAGGCAAGUUGGUCAAUGUUACAUGAUGAGAGGCCAUACUUAUGUAAUUUCUUAGGAACUGUUUAUGAAAAUUCAUCCAGACAAGCAUUAAUGGAGAUUUUGAAACAAGAUGGGAAUGAUAAGCUUUGCUGGGUCACAGCAAGAGAACAGAGCCUGACGCCACCCUGGGGACAGGAGCACAUGCUGGUCUUUGAAUCCCCCAGAUCUAACAUAGGACUCUGCAAGAGGUGGCAGCCUCAGGAAACAAAUGAAAGCUUUAAGAAUUAUCAAGAUGCUCUGCUUCAGAGCGAUCUUACGCUGUGCCCAGCAGGGGUAAACACAGAGAGUUACAGAAUAUAUGAGGCUUGCUCCUAUGGCUCCAUUCCUGUUGUUGAGGAUGUGAUGACACCGGGUGGCUGUGGAAAUACAUCUGUUCACCACAGUGCUCCUCUGCAGCUGCUCAAGUCCAUGGGCGCUCCCUUUAUCUUUAUUAAGAACUGGAAGGAACUUCCUGCUGUUUUGGAACAAGAGAAGACUAUAAUUUUACGAGAGAAGAUUCAAAGGAGAAAAAUGUUACUUCGGUGGUAUCAACACUUCAAAACAGAACUGAAAAUGAGGUUCACUGAUAUUAUAGAAAGCACAUUUUUAAUGAAUAAUAAAGGUUAACUCUUCGUUAUCUUUUUGAACGAAGAUCUGAUUUUUUUUUUUUUAAUCAUUUCUAAUGUUGGGUUUGUGUGUAUGUGUGUGUGUGUUUGUGAAUGUUUUUAAGGUAUCCUGGUAAAUCCUAGAUGAUGUAAUGUUGUCUAAGCCCUCCCCUAUUGGGCCACUCCUGUGUACAAGCUGAAAAUGCAAUUAAAAUGUUACUGAAACCCAUUUCUACAAAGUGGAAUGAUUCAAUAGUUAUCAGCUCUUCUCAUCCACAAAUACUCA